GAGGGAACGCAUAGAGAAACGGAGAAGCGGAAUGAGAGGAGAUGAAGGCUGUUCAAGUACUGUUACAUUCUGCAAGCACCUCUAGCUUGCCUGGACACCAGAAGCUUGUCAGUAUUACAAUGAAUCUAAAUCGUGGAUAUACAGUCAUUUUUCAUCCCAUAAGCUGCCUGAUCAAUAAUUGAAGAGGAGAAAUCGAUGUUGACCGUUUCUGAGCAGCACCUAUUGGGACAUACUGUGAGAUUAACCGCUGGGCUCUUCACGUCUUAAAAUGUCAGAUCACGAGGACCUGAAUAAAGCCAUGGGUCACUGGAACACCUCCGAGAGCUACCAGCUAAACCCAGCCAGUGUCAUUGUUUCUGUGGUCUUCUCGCUCAUCUUCCUUCUGGGGACCAUUGGGAAUAGUUUGGUGCUGGCUGUGCUCCUCAGAAGUGGGCAGGUUGGGUACAACACCACCAAUCUGUUCAUCCUCAACCUCAGCGUAGCUGAUUUCUUCUUCAUCAUCUUCUGUGUGCCUUUCCAAGCAACCAUCUACUCUCUGGAGGGUUGGGUUUUCGGGUCCUUCAUGUGCAAGGUGGUUCACUUCUUCAUCAACCUCACCAUGUACGCUAGCAGUUUCACUCUGGCCGCAGUGUCUGUGGACAGGUAUCUGGCCAUCCGUUACCCCCUGCGCUCCAGAGAAUUGAGAACGCCGUGUAACGCCGUAGUCGCGAUGGUGGUCAUCUGGGGCCUGUCGCUUGUUUUCGCAGGGCCUUAUUUGAGUUACUACGACCUGAUUGAUUUCGAAAACAGCAACGUGUGCGUGCCUGGAUGGGAGGAGCAUAACCGUAAGGUUCUGGACACCUGCACCUUUGUUUUUGGCUAUGUUAUUCCCGUGCUCAUCGUGAGCCUGUCCUACACACGCACCAUCAAGUACCUCUGGACGGCGGUGGAUCCUCUCGAUGGGAUGUCGGAGUCAAAACGAGCCAAGCGCAAGGUCACCAAGAUGAUCAUCAUAGUCACGGUGCUAUUUUGCAUCUGCUGGCUGCCGUACCAUGUGGUCAUUUUGUGCUACCUCUACGGAGACUUUCCCUUCAAUCAGACCACCUACGCCUUCAGGCUGCUGUCCCACUGCAUGGCCUACGCCAACUCUUGCCUCAACCCUAUCGUUUACGCCCUGGUGUCCAAACACUUUCGCAAGGGCUUCAAGAAGGUGUUUAGCUGCAUCCUUAGCAAAAAGGGACGAAAUAAGGUGCACGUGGUCCAUGUGGCCAACACCGUCCCUGGCUUCGAAGCAGGAUCCACUGAAGUGUCUCAAAUGAAUGAAGAGAACGCCAGACAGAACGAGAACGAAAUGGUGAACCGCCCACUCGCAGAGUCGCAGGACGCCACUAUGACUAUAACGUUACCCUUCCAGAAUCAGCCAUGAAAAUAAAGCGCACGGCUAAUGAUGCCUUACAGAAGCCUUAUUAAAAAACUCAAACCGAGCCGGAGGAUUUCAGCAGCUUUGAUCGACAUCACCAUGGUUUUGCAUUGACUGAAUGAGCACAGCGGAGUCCGUAGUUAUUUAAGAUUCAAAUCGCUGAGCAAAUUGAAAACGUAAAUUCAAUUUGGUUCUCGUACAAAUGCAGCUUUGUGUUCUGCUUAGUUGUUUUGGUUCCAGUGCUAAAUUAUGUCUUAUUUACGGCCUCCUUAUCCUUUUUCAGCAGCACUGUCUGUUUGUUUUCUAUUGAUGUGUUACCCUCUGAGCAUGUUUCAAUUUAAUGCUGUGAUGACUAUUCUCCUGUGAAAAUUUGUUACCAAUUAUUGUGCGUAUAACACACUUUAAUAUAUGAAGAGUCCUGUGUCUUUAUGUGAGCAAAGCUGUGAUUUCCUACUGUGCUUGAAGCUUUGAAGAGCACUCUUUGAUUAUGCUCCUCAGCUUCGCUUAACAAGCUCUUUAAAAAAAUAUGCUUACGUUAAGUACUGUAUGUUCUUGCUCUUACCUCUGUUUCUAAGCUCUGAUAUUCUCUGCUGUUUCAGAAAGUCUUGAGAUUAUUUAAUUGGUGAGUUUUAUAUCAUUACUACAUUGCAAAAGCCCUAAAAACAGGGUUAUACAGAAAAUCUCAGAUUACAGACAACCAACAGUUUAGUACGUAUGGUUCUUGUGCUGUCCUGAAGGAAUAUUCUGGAUUCGGUACAAGUUAAGCUCAAUCAACAGCAAUGGUGAUAUAAUGUUAAUAAAAAAGAUUUUGAACAAUACCUCCCGGGUUACAGUGAGGGACCCACAAUUGAAGUAAAUGGAGCCAAUAAUGGGGACGUAAAUGUUAAAAUAAUCACUGUGUCAAUAGUACAGCCACAAGACAUUUUCAGUAUUCUAUUAGUGUGGAGGAAAUGCUUUCUAACCUUUUGGUUAUAUCAGUUUUUUUUUCAACAUGACAACAUAAAACCCUAAAACAACCAUAAAAUAAAAGCAAAAAUUAACCAUAAAGUGAUGAGAACAACUUUACAGUUCAAAAACACAGCGUUUUAACAAACUUGUAAUGCUUAUAUGAAGUUAUAGAUGUAAAAUCUGAACUGUUAAUGUCUCAAAAACUGUCCAUUCAGUUUGGACAUUUGGAAAUGUCUCACCACAAUUUUGUUUUUGCUUUUUCUUGAGAGAGAGAGAGAGAGAGAGAGAGAGAGAGAGAGAGAGAUGGCAAAAUUAUUUUGUGAUAAUCAAAACAAAUGCUGCAGAUUCAGCUUAGCUUGUACAGAGCCUGGAAUAUUUCUUUAUCUGUCUUCAGUUCAUUCAUUAUGUAUAAUGUACUGUAGCUAUACAGCAAGUGCUAUGUUGGAAGUUUUGAAUUUGAUGUUGACAGUGAAUUUCAAUAAAAAGUGC